GAAACCGACACGUGAUGCGCGCCUGCAGAGUGCCAGCUCCUCCAGCUCCGCCAAGUAGGUGGGAUCCCCUACUUUGCAGAGGAGGAAGCCGUUCAGGCCUCCCUGUGUGCACUUUGCAAACGCCUCUGCCCUUCCAUCUCGAAUCCCUUGGCACCGAUCGCACUUCCUUCGCCUGGAAACCUGGAGUCUCUCGCGAGACAUCCUCCGCCCUGUAGAAGGCCGUUUCGGUUCUUCGUGCGCGGUAGCCGCCCCACUUGCGGGAUUCCAAGGCCUGCCUAAUCGGGCGCCGGUGUGUCUGGCUGUGGAUUCGCCGCCGUCCCACUGGACACCUGGAGGCUCGAACCCCGCCGCUCCCAGAUCCCAGGCUUUGCUCCCACCCCGGCUUCCGCCCACGGUGCUGCACUUCCUCGGACCUGGGCUGUCGGGAGAGUCGGAGAUGUUCACACUUCCUCAAAAGGACUUCAGUGCUCCCACCACCUGUCUGGGCCCCGCCUGCAUGCAGGACCUGGGCAGUAGCCAUGGGGAUGAUCUGGAAGGAGAAUGCUCCAGAAAACUGGACCAGAAGCUGCCAGAGCUCCCUGGAGUGGGUGAUUCUGCCAUGCUCUCCCCUGAUACCUCCUACCUGUCCUCUAGAGGAAGAAUGAUUAAAUGGUUCUGGGAUUCCGCUGAGGAGGGCUACAGGACCUACCACAUGGAUGAGUAUGAUGAGAACAAAAACCCCAGUGGCAUCAUCAACUUGGGUGUCAGUGAGAACAAACUCUGCUUUGACCUGCUGUCCUGGCGGCUGAGUCAGAGCGACAUGCAGAGAGUGGAGCCGUCCCUGCUGCAGUACGCUGACUGGAGGGGACAUCUGUUCCUCCGGGAGGAAGUGGCCAAGUUCCUGUCUUUCUACUGCAAGAGCCCAGCGCCACUCAGACCAGAGAAUGUGGUUGUCCUGAAUGGUGGUGCCUCGCUCUUCUCUGCUCUGGCCACGGUGCUGUGUGAGGCUGGGGAGGCUUUCCUGAUCCCCACUCCUUACUAUGGCGCCAUCACACAGCACGUGUGUCUCUACGGCAAUGUCCGACUGGCCUGUGUCUACUUGGACAGUGAGGUCACUGGGCUAGACACACGCCCCUUCCAGCUCACAGUGGAGAAGCUGGAGAUGGCCCUGCGAGAAGCUCACUCUGAGGGUGUGAAGGUCAAAGGCCUCAUCCUCAUCAACCCCCAGAACCCUCUGGGUGACAUCUACUCCCCGGAAGAGCUGCAGGAGUACCUGGUAUUUGCCAAGAGGCACAAGCUGCAUGUGAUUGUGGAUGAGGUCUACAUGCUGUCCGUGUUUGAGGAGUCAGCUGGGUACCGCAGUGUCCUAAGCCUGGAAAGGCUGCCUGACCCCCAGAGGACCCACGUGAUGUGGGCAACCAGCAAGGAUUUCGGGAUGUCUGGGCUCCGCUUUGGCACACUGUACACAGAAAACCAGGACGUGGCCACUGCCGUGGCUUCCCUCUGCCGCUACCACGGCCUCAGUGGCUUGGUCCAGUACCAGAUGGCACAGCUGCUGCGGGACCGUGACUGGAUCAACCAGGUGUACCUGCCGGAAAACCAUGCCCGGCUCAAGGCUGCCCACACCUACGUCUCGGAAGAGCUCAGGGCGUUGGGGAUCCCCUUCUUGAGUCGUGGGGCCGGCUUCUUCAUCUGGGUUGACUUGAGAAAGUACCUGCCCAAAGCCACCUUUGAGGAGGAAAUGCUGCUGUGGCGCCGCUUUUUGGACAACAAGGUGCUGCUGUCCUUUGGCAAGGCCUUCGAGUGUAAAGAGCCUGGUUGGUUUCGCUUUGUCUUCUCAGACCAGGCCCACCGGCUUUGCCUGGGGAUGCAGAGGGUCCGGCAGGUGCUUGCAGGCAAAUCCCAAGUGGCUGAAGACCCCCCUCCCUCUCAGAGCCAGGAGCCAAGUGACCAAUGCAGGUGAGCUGGUCAUUGUCUCGUGGCCAGAGGGCCCAGCAGCCACUGUGGACCUGGCGCGUUCCAGGGCUGCAGAAGACCGACUGUGGAUGUGCCAUUUGCCAGGAAGGUGUCUAACUUGGCUUUGCGCCCAAAGAACUGUUUCUUGCCUUUUGCUGUAGCCGUGAGAAACUCCUUAAGCUGUGGUUCAGCCUGGGCCCUCCCUCUCUCCUAUUAAACAAAACUAGGAGAGUCCAGAUGUCUCCAUUGUGAGUUAUUUAGAAUGGAGGAGUCGUGACUGCUUCUAACCAGAGCCUCAGCCCUCCUGAGGAUGUGAAAAGAAAACAAACAACCUGUACCUUCUUUCUGAUAGCACCAUCAUUCCUCUUUCUUUGUCACCAUGGAAACGAGUCAAAGGAACAGCACAUACAGGAGAGUGUGCAGAAAAAUAAAAAAAAGUGAUAACUUCCAAA